AUGGAUAACGCUACAUUGGGUUCCCCAAAGUCCCAAAAUCCAAAGUAUCUUUUUUCUCCGCAACCUCAAAUUUAUGGUGAACAGGCUUUGGACCACAGAUAUCAAUACAUUGGAGGCAAUAAUCUGGAAACACUAUUGAAUGCCAUUGAGGUUGCCCCAGCUGAUUUGACUCAUUCAAAAUGUUCCUACCAAAAUCGUUUCACGGAAAGAAGUGGCGAAAAACAAUCGGUGACGAAUCGUUGUUCACAUGACAAACAAAAUAAGCAUUGUUAUCAAAAUGAUGAAAAUCAACGUAAUCUUCAUAUGCAAGAGCAGCCAUCACCGUUUCAUUCAAAUCGUUUACUUCCACCUCCCAUUACCAAUUCCAUUUCUUCACCACGUAAAUCCGAUUCGAUUGGCGCAUUGACACCUGCAGCGAUGUCAAUCUCUUCAUUGAUUGAUUUGGAACAGCCAAUUCAAGGGUCCACACCUUUAACCCCUCCAGAUACCACAUUAAAUACGUUCCCGGGUCUUUCGACGAGUCCGACGAAAACGUCACCAAUUGCCUCACCGGUUCCUCUCGCCUCCAUGCUUCCAUCCGCUCCAAUGUCUGUACCUUCACCUACGGACUCGAUUCCAUUCCCCCGUUUACAACCUUCACCACCAAGCAACAUUUUCUUGAACACAUUUCCACUUCCAAGCGUCAAUCAAGCAAUUGGGGAAGUUGAUCGCUCGCGCCAUUCACCCCCACCCUUAAUCUCAAAUUCAAAUAAAAGGAAGUGGGAUUCAACCGACAGCUCCAUCUUGAGUAGCCCUUAUAUGGAAGAGUCACUUUCCAAAAUCCGACGUCCAAUGGACGAUUAUUUGAAUGAAGUUGUACCAAUACAGCCAAGGCUUCAGUAUCAUCAAAUCGACGGAUCAUCAUCAAGUCCAUAUCAAAUGACCACCGUAACCUGCCAACACGCGACGGUUGCACAAAAGUCAUACGGGAGCGAGAAGAGGUUCUUAUGUCCACCACCGGUCGUUAUGAUUGAGAGGCCACAUAAUGAUUGUAGAAACUUUCAUGGGAAACCCGAAGUGACCAUGUCGGUUGUUUGCGAGAACGGUGAUCGUUCCUUAGAACAAAAGACGUUGCUCGAUGAAAAUCUUAAGGGCACAUUCAAAUAUUUACACGUUAGUGGAACCGCAAAGGCCAAAUAUUUUGAACUUAAGUUAAAAAUUUUUACAAAAAAUUCAACCAUUCCAUACGCCGUGUUCAAAUCGGCGCCUGUUACCAUCAUUUCCAAACCAUCAAAGAAAACAGCAAAAGCGAGGAACGUAUCGUCUUGUAUCCUAUCAGGGUGUCACGUUUCCCUCUUUAAUCGUAUAAAUUCACAAACGGUGCGAACGAAAUAUAUGGGGAUUGAAGGAGGACAAUUAUGCGCCAAGAAUUCUUCAUGGUCCUCAUUUGUCAUCACUGUGAUGAACAGUAAUGACAACAAUAAUAACAAUAAUCACAACGGGUUGAGUUCCUUCCCGACCACGAAUGUACCACAAAAAGGAUCAACGUCGCCGUCAUCACAAUCCUCCAAUAACAAUUGUUCGAAUUCUAUCCCGGUCACAUACGGUUCGGAAGUCAUUCUAAGCGACCCCACUACGGGGUACACCUCUGAUCGAUUAAUUAUACGUAAAGUUGAAAAGGGUCGUAUAACUCAAGGAGCGUGCGGACCCGUUAGUCAAAUGCAAAAGAUCGCUUUACAAUGCGUUCGAUCGAAUAGGUGUGAAUCCCACUAUCUUAGUGCGGCAGGACCGAUAACAAUGGAUAGUCCCCAUUCACAAGAUCAAUGCACAGUUAGCGGUGCAUCGCCUUACCUUGGGUAUCAAUCUUCUCGUGUCGUACAUAUGCAAAAUGUAGAAUUUACUAAGGAACCAUUCAGAAUGGUUAGUAUGCAAAACGUUUCGUGUGCCGCCAAGAAUGAUCCCUUGGCUUCCCCAACAAUCGUUGAAGAAGUUGAUGAUUACUUGUGUUGGACAAUCGUUGGAAUUUGUAAGUAUAUUAAAAUACAUUUUUAA